AUUCUCAGAUUUAGACUCGGGAAAUAAAAAGUGGAAACUCAAUUGCAACCAGUUUACAUAUAUAAAUUACGUUUAACAUAUUGAUCGGUUUCAACAAGUUACUUUCAUUCAAAUGGCUCAAAAGGUUUAUAGGAUUAUAACGGAAGAAGUUUGAUUUUUAUAGUGGAGGCAAGAGGUUUGUCACAUUGUGAAAAAUUAUAUUUAGGUGCUGCACGCCCUGCAGGCCGUGGCACAGAUCACCGAAGGCAGUGACAGGAGUCGAUAGAAUCAAUUCUUUUUAAUGCGGACUGCUUUGGAGGCAAGGCGUGUAUUUGGAGGUAUUAGUGUAGUUUGUGCACGAGUGUUCUCAAUGGCAUCAGAUAAGUUGGCAAGCAUUCCUGAAGUUGACAUUGAUUCUGAUGGCACAUUCAAGUAUGUUUUGAUCAAAGUGUAUGGUGCUAAGAAACCAAGUUCCCCAGAAGAGGUCAAGACCAUUGUGCGUGGCUUCAAAUGGGGUGAAUAUCACGGAAAUAUCUACGACAAGACAAUGGAAGAGGUUCAGUCUCUAGGCCUGGACUCUGAGUGCGUUGGUGGAGGUCGGAUCAAACACGAUGCGGCCGCAAAGAAAAUCCACGUGUACGGAUACUCACAGGGGUUUGGCAAGGCGGACCAUGAAGUGGCGGUUGGUCUGCUGAAGAAGAAGUAUACAGACUAUAGUAUCUCCUGCAGCGAUGAAGGCUAUUGAGGGCGACAGAGCAUCUCAGUUUGGCCAUCUCAGCGUUUCAAUGUAGCCCUCCCUAUCUGUGACGCAUCUCUUCGCCUAUCUGAAAAUUAAUCCUCCAGGCCUUCAUAGUUUUUUUGCGUUCUUUUUAAUUUGAUUUGUAAUUAGUCGUCCACAUUGAUCUGCUCAUGGUGAAACAGAACACAAAUAACGAAGCGUGAACUUUUUAACAGUCUUAAUUUGCUUUCAACUCCAAAUUUGUAGCAUAAACUAUGUGAGUUAUGUUUUCAUUAGUGUCAGUGUAACCUGUUUGUGUGUAUACUCGUAUGUGAGACAUCUCUAUAAAUAAAUCAUACUUCAAAUUCA